AAUUGAAUCAUGAUUCAAUUAUUGAUAGUUGAGUUUGUACCAAUAAUUUGGUAAGAUUUGUUUUUAUAUCUCGGUCCCCUGUACACCGUUAUUGAUAGCCAAGGAAAGGGCAGAAACGGGAACGAUCGAAACAGAGUCUUGUUAUUUUCUGUUUUCAUUUUUUGAAAAUAGAGAAAAUUUUGGAAACGCAGUACUUGUUAUUUUCAUUUUUGUUUUGAAAAAAAAAAAGAAAAGAAAAAAGAAAGAAAGAAAAAGGUUUUGUAUGGCAGCUUAUGCUUACAUUGACAAUCAAAUUAAUUUCGUGGACUUUCGGCCCUUAACCCCGAGCUCCAGCGGCGGCCCCCCUAGUUUUGAUCAAGUUUUUCUUUCGUACAAUCCUUUACUCUUUGUUGUUCCUCAUUUCAGUGUUCCUUUGAACCCUUCUCUUUUGAUUCAAAUGGACGAGGAAAGAUCGCUGUCACUUCUUCAGUUAAUAGCUAAUGAAGGACUCGUGCCGGCAAGAGAAGAAGAAGAGAAGAGAAAAAGUGUGAUUAAAAAGCUUAAACAGAUAGUGUUGUCCUGGGCUAAGAAGGUUGCUUGGCAACGUCGACUUCCUAAAGAACAAAUUGCACAAACUCAUGCAACGAUAUUGACUUACGGUUCCUAUGGCCUUGGUGUUCACGGUUCAGAGUCGGAUAUUGAUGCUUUAUGCGUUGGCCCUCAAUUUGCUACAAUGGCAGAGGAUUUUUUCAUUGUUUUGCGCAACAUGCUUAAGAGCAGAUCAGAAGUUACGGAGAUCCACUGUGUGAAGGAUGCAAAAGUUCCCCUGAUGCGGUUUAAAUUUGAUGGGGUCUUGAUUGAUCUUCCAUAUGCACAGCUUAGAGUAUUAUCUGUUCCUGAUGAUGUGGAUGUACUCAGUCCAUUCUUUGUAAGGGAUAUUGAUGAAACUAGUUGGAAAAGCUUGUCUGGAGUACGUGCAAAUCAGCGUAUUAUUCAGCUUGUUCCGGACUUGGAGUUACUGAUGUUCCAGAAAUUCCAAUCAGUGCUGCGAUGUGUCAAAUUAUGGGCAAAGAGGCGAGGAGUGUAUGGUAAUUUAAAUGGGUUUCUUGGAGGAGUCCAUCUGGCAAUUCUUCUGGCAUUUGUUUGUCAAAAUUUUCCAAAAGGCAGUAUAAGUGCUCUGAUUACAAACUUCUUUAAGACGUUUGCCUUUUGGCCUUGGCCUACACCAGUCAUGCUGCAGGAUACAAUGUCACCAUCUGGAUACCCAUCUGAGACACGGUCUUUGAUGCCUAUCAGCUUACCUUGUAGUUCACACGAGUAUUGCCAUACCAAUAUCACUAGAAGCACAUUUUACAAAAUCCGAGCUGAGUUUCUACGAGCACAUAAUUUGACUAGGGAUAUCUUGAGGCCAGAUUUUGAUUGGCACACCCUUUUCGAGCCUUUUCCAUUUUCAAAGAAGUAUGCUCGAUUUGUCAAAGUUUAUCUUUCGGCUUCUAAUCAUGAUGAUCUGGGAGAUUGGGUGGGUUGGGUGAAGUCACGUUUUCGAGGUCUCCUUGUCAAGCUGGAGGAGGUGCAAGGCCUAUGUGACCCUAACCCCACAGAAUAUGCUGAUGCUGAUGCUGCAGAGCCAAACGUUGUUUUCUACUGGGGCUUGCAACCUGGUAGAACUCAUUUCUUGGAUAUAGAGUCUGUUCAAAAAGAUUUCUGGAAAAAUAUCACCAAUGGCUAUCAAGGCUACAUCGGACGAAUGAAAUUAUCCAUCGUGCAAGCUUCUCAACUGGUGAGGAAUUCACAGUUUGACUCCGGAAGUGGGAAAAGAACAAAAGCUUGUUGGAAGAUUAUUGACUACAAUCUGGCGAGUGUCCCUACUUACUCACAGCAUAUGCCGAACUACUUUGUUGGGUAUAUGGCAGCCAACGAGGGUACCACUAAGCACCCAAGUGGCGGGGGUUAAAAUUUUACAAUGUCUGCCCUUCCGUUCUAGCUUCAAUUUUGUUUUGCUUCUUGCAGAUUUCAGUCUUCAUGAUUUCCUGUAUGCUAACGGAUUUUCUUAAGAAAGGAUGCUGUAGGAGUUACUGAGUAAACAGGAUAGAUAGAACUACAAGCUGGAAAUUAGAGCGAGGAGGAAGAAAUUGAGAUUGGAUUUGUAGAUAUGGGGUUAUAACCUCUCCCUCUCUUUUUUUCCUUUUCACUACUUUUGUGCUUUUACCUCUGUAAAACCAUAUACAUACUCUACCAGAAUAUAAAAAUCAUUCUUAAACAUUGCUGAA